AUGAGACGAGAAUACAUAUAUGGACUAAAGAAAGCAGCCUUUCUAGCUGCUGCGGUUUGCUGAAUAACUAGAGCCACUCUUUUUGUACUACUUCACCAUUUGCCAGCUGAGCUGAUGUUCCUGUUGUUCCUGAUGUUCCUGUUGUUCCUGAUGUUCCUGUUGUUCCUGAUGUUUGUGAUUGUGAUUGUGAUUGUGUUUGUUUCUCUCCUCCGUCCGGAGUUUCAAUUUCCCGUCCUGCUCCUGUAUUUUCAAACAAACAAACAAACCAACUUCAACGAACGGAGUUGGGUUGGUUUCAGUGAUGCGUACUCUGUAUUUCCAUCAGCUUUGAUCCGAUCCCCCUGAAUCGAUCCAUCAGUUCAAUGUCUCGACUUUAAAAUUGAGUAACUAGGUGGUAACUUACUAGUUAGUCACACCAAACAUCAAACAUCGAC